UGGGCUGGACGAUCGUGCGCGAAGAACUGCUCCAGCGGCGCGACGCGUGAAGCAAACCGACACCGAGGGCGAGGAUGACACACUCGGGUUACGCGCACACUUAUUUACCAAUAUAAUAACGCGCUCCGAGAGAUAAACAACGGGCGGAGGAGUGAGGAGAAAACGUGCACAUGUUGGGAGGAUUUAAUUCAAUUAUCAAAUCAUUUCUCGAGGAGGAGGAUUCGCUUUUUGUGUGUGUGUGUGUGUGUGUGUGUAAAUGUCGUGGUGGUUUAUAGAGAGAUCUGCGGCGUGCAGCAUAUUCUUCACGUCAGUGAUCGGCGCCAGACAACGACUGUCACUUUUGUUUAAACUGUGCAUUUAAAAAAAAAAAAAAAAAAAAAAGGGGGAAAAAAAUAGAUUUUUUUUUGGGUUGUGUGUGUGCAAGAUUGAGGGUGUUGUGGCCGCGAGAGGACGUUUCGUAAUGAUAUAAAACUGAAAGGAAGGAAGGAUUUUUUUUGUUGUUCUUCUUCUUGUUUCAAACCUCGGUCUACAGAAGCCUGCUUGUCGUUUUCCUGGCGGCGGAGUGUAAGAAUAGUUUUUUUUCUUUUUUUUUUUUCUUCUCGUCUGAACGCUUUUUGACUCAUGAUUCGAGGUUACAGGGAGCCCGCUCGACUCGGUCCGCCCCGCCACGGAGGAGCACCGGGGGCUUUUCUUCCCCAGCGACCCCUCGUCUGCGGGCCGUUUAAUUGAAGAGCAACAGAGGGAUUAAACAUUCCAGCUCGCGCGAGGCGGACCCGGGUUACGUUUGCGAGAGGAACGGUUGUGGGUAAGAAAGAAGGCUAUAAAUAGCUCAUGCAAUUCUCGAAAACUAUCACAAGUGGUGCAUCAGCGUGUGGAGCGGACGGAACCCGAUAUCCUGCAUGCAACGGCUCGGCUUUAAGUUCAGCCGAUUGCUUUGCACAGCGGACAACGUGGGAUUAUUUUUUUUGAAGAAGUUUUGUCUCCUAAUUUCGCAUUUUUUCCCCUCGGGGGUGGUGGUUGGGGGGGUGGCUGCUGCUCCUCCUCGGCGCUUCGAGAAAAAAAAGGAGAUCGUUUCCUCAUGGAUUAUGCUCAUUUAAUGAUGAAACUAUCUGCGGGAAGACGGGGCUGAUCGUCCUCUCCGUGUGGAUUGAGAUGGAUACGUCUCCGUGCUCCCCGCCUUGGACAAUGAUCACGUUUGGAAUCGCCUGACCUGGUUUUGUACCAAUGUUUUGAUCCCCGCACACGCUCGGAUUUACAUUACAACGUUACAUCCGCUGGGGGCUUUCUUUUCUGAAUACGCCCAUUCCUCUUGCCCGACACAUCCCGAGAGUCUAUUAUCUGGACCUCUUGUGAGGUUAUACGCCGGCUCGUGUCGGCAGACUCGUGCGGGAUCCCAUUUGUCAGCCCUGCUCGGUGUUUAUACCGAUGUAGGAUUCCGACAUGCGCAGCGCGGACGACCCCAACGGCGGACGAGUAUGACUACAACAGCGAAUUGGGUGGCUAACGGGGCAAGCCUUGAGGACUGCCACUCCAACAUCUUCUCUCUGGCGGAGCUGACGGGCAUUAAAUGGCGUUGCUACAGCUUCCGUGGCAGCGGGGAGUACGGGCCGGUGAUCUCCGCCCCGGCCCAGGACGACCCGGUUCUGCGCAGCUUCAUGCGCUGCGUGCAGGCCAACCUGCUGUGCGUAUGGCGCCGCAAAAUCAAGCCCGACGCCAAGGAGCUGUGGAUCUUCUGGUGGGGCGAAGAGCCCAACCUCGCCGAUGUCAUUCACCGCGAGCUGGAAGUGGCUGAGGAGGGUCUUUGGGAGUGCGGGCUGUCCUACGAGUGCAGGACCCUCUUAUUCAAGGCCAUACACAACCUGCUGGAAAGAUGUUUGAUGGAUAAAGGCUUUGUGAGGAUCGGGAAGUGGUUCUUCAAGCCACACGAACUGCAAGAAAGGUUGUUGGGCAACAGUGAACACCUUUCGUGCUCCUUCUCCUUCUUCCUCCACGGGGAGAGCAACGUGUGCACGAGUGUGGAGAUCGCCCAGCACCAGCCUGCACACCACAUCACAGAGCACCACAUCUGCCUCGCACAGACCUCCAUCACACCAGUGCAAGUUAUCCUGAGUCCGUACGGUCUGAGCGCCACUCUCACGGGUCAGGCCUACAAGAUGAGUGACCCGGCGGCACGGAAGCUGAUGGAGGAGUGGAGCUACUUCUACCCCGUGGUACUUCCGCAGAAAGAGGGAAGUGGAGAAAAGGAAAAAGAAGAAGAAGCGAGCCAGGCCUAUGAUCGCCACUGUCACGCGGCAGUGGAGGUCAUCGUGGGUGGAGUAAGGAUGACCUACCCAGCUGCUUUAGUGCUGAUUGCCCAGGUGGACCUACCAUUGGAGCAGCCUCCACCGGUUCCUGCAGCUCAAGGCCUCAGCAGGGAGCCAAACCACUGCAGUGUGCCGCUCACACCGCCAACGUCACCGCAGCAGCCCUGUUCAGCGGACAGCGGCUUUGUGACCUCCAUCUCCAGUGUCCCCACACCAGACAACAGCAUGGGGGUCGCCAGCAUCAGCCCAAAGCAUUCUGGGAAGAAGCUAACCUGUCAGGUAGUCCAUCAGGCCUGGAGGGAGUGCUAUCUCAACCAGCCUCAGCAUGAAUUGAAUCCGCCAACUGACAUGUCGCUUAAGAAAGAAGUGCCUAAUGGAGUAACCACGUGGGACUUCAGCGAUCUGGGAGCAAGAGCGUCCUGCAGCUGCUCCAGGUUGAAGCAGCAGAAGUUGAAUCUGACCACCACAUCCACUGCCAACCCCCAGACCAGUGCCAACCCCACUCAGUCCUCUGGCCCGUCAUUAUACCCUCCCUCCCUGCCCAAACACAAGACCAGUGACAAGACAGAAAAGGCUGACAAACAGUCCAAGAGGCCAGCCAUGAUCCCCUUCCACCACCGUCUAUCUGUCAAUCAGGAGACCCCUCUGGAACAAGACUCACCGGGAGGGCCUCAGCUUGGGGGUCUUGGGGGUCUGGAGCCAUCCAUGGAGCCUCUGGCAACUCUGCCAAGCUGCAAGUAUCCCAAACCCCUCUCCAAUGGCAGAAAAGCCCCUGAGUCUCUUCUCCAUUCGCCAAUGUCUCCACUUCCGCCCACACUCAGCCCACACCCCCGAAUGCAGGAUCAAGAGAUCCUGGAUGGGCCUAUGGAUAUGCCUGUCUGUCAGGACGGGGCUUUAGGGCUGGGGUUGAUGCCCAGCGAGACUGCAAUGUAUACAGCUGUGCUGAGGCAGAGGGAGAAUGGGGCCGGCUGGUGGAGAGGCUUCAGGACUCCAAGGACUGAUCAGACUGACUACAGACCCUGUGAACUCCCCACUGAUAAAUUAGAAGAAGUGAGGACAGAGAUUGCCACUGAAGGAGCUCUGCUAAAAAGACUAUAUACACAGACUCACAAGAGAUUUAAGAUCUCAGAGGAGCGGGUGAGGGACCACAUCCACACUUUGGGCCUGUUCCAGCAGCCAGGUGUGGAGGCACUGCGGGAGCCUGGGGAUGAUCCCUACGACUUUAAGGAAGGAGACAUCGAGUACACGUUCUCCUCUUCCAAGAGGUUAAAGGGUCAAGGACGAGAACCCAGCAAGAAGUGCAAGGGAGAAGAAAUCACCAGCAAUGGGGCACUGCCUGAUGGGAAAGAUGCUAUGUCCAUUUUUAACUCUGGUCCAAAAUCAGAUGAAUCCAGUCAAGAUGAUGGAGCUGCCAAAGCCAACCCUUCUCUGACCAGAGAAAAAGAUCUUGUGGUCAACAUCUCUGAUCUAGACAACAUAUUUGAUGAAGAUGAGGAAGAGCUGGGGCACUCAACCAAGCUCCCAGUAUCAACAGAAGAUCGUCCUCUGGGGAAAGAAGGGAGAGUUGCUGUACCUUAUCCAUCAACAGUAGCAGACCUCCAGAGGAUGUUUCCCACGCCUCCUUCCUUAGAGCAACACCCAGCCUUCUCUCCCAUCACAACCUAUCGUGACACUCCAAGCCAAGAGCCCCCUGCACCCAGCGGAGUGGCUGACCACCUGCUGCCUUUAGCCUCCUCCCAGUUCACGGAGUACAGGAUGGAGAUUGAGGAGGGCAUGGACAGUCCCAGGCAGGAGGAUAUCAAGCCACAAAUCGGCUCCUCCAUGUUUGCUCCACUCUCCUGCUUACCCAGCCGGGCUCUACCACAACUCAAGAUUACCGAGCAAUGUUACUAUCGUCCUUCCUGGACCCUCUUGCCCAAAAUGGAGCAUUUCCCGGUCAUGCAUUCCCAGAAUACCACUUUCAUCAGAGAUGGAUACACAAACAUGCCAAGUGUCACCAACCUCUCAGACCAGGAGUACGGCCAGAUGAGUGGCACCACUGCCUCUGUGAGCACCUCCGUUGGCAUCCUCCAAUCUCCUGCCACUCCCCGUUUCUCUGUGCCCACUCCACGAACCCCUCGUACCCCCAGGGGUAUUAACGCUGCGAGCUCUGGGCAGGGUUCCGUGAAGCAGGAUGGUACUGAGCUCAGCUCACCGGUUUCCACGCCCUGCACCAGCCUGCCUCUUAGCUCUGUAGAUCCCCUAGCUCGGCCAGGGCCCUCCCUUCCUGAGGCCCACAGCCUGUACGCUAUCCUGCUGCUCUCAGACUCCGUCCUCAACGUCUUCAAGGAUCGCAAUUUUGACAGCUGCUGUAUCUGUGCCUGCAAUAUGAAUGUCAAAGGAGCAGAUGUGGGGGUGUAUAUCCCUGAUUCCACUUGUGAAGAUCAGUACCGCUGUAUGUGUGGCUUCAGUGCCAUUGUGAACAGGCGGCUGGCCCAUGGCACGGGCCUCUUUCUGGAGGACGAGCUGGAUAUUUAUGGCCGGACUUCUGAGGUAGGCCGGGCGGCCGAGAGGAGGCUGGCUCUUUGCCGGCGGGACCCAACUAUGGGUGACCCCAGGGCCAAGCGUGCGCAGGACACAGCCCCCGCCUCUCCGUUAGUCAUGAUCCUUCUGCAGGAGCACUGUUCCCAGCCUAUUUCCUCCCUGGCGUCCCUGCAUUUUCCCCUCAGCUGUUCCUGCCAUGGCCGCAAGGGAGCACUGCUCCAAAGCUGGAUGUCGGAAAAGCAGUGGGCAGAUGGUAGUGAUGCCUGUGUGGACUGCUACAAUGCCUUUGAGCAGGGGUUGCAGUAUGUGGAUAACCCCACAGGAGGGAAAGUAGAUCCAGCUGUUGUCAGAAGUACAGCUCUUCACUCCUGGCCUCAUACAAAUGUGGUGGACAUGAACAUGUUGUCGUCCCAGGACAUGGUUCGUAUGCUGCUUUCUCUGCAGCCUUUCUUGCAGGAUGCAAUCCAGAAGAAGAGAUCAGGACGAACCUGGGAAAACAUCCAGCAUGUUCAGGGUCCUCUCACCUGGCAGCAGUUCCAUAAGAUGGCCGGCAGAGGCUCCUACGGUUCGGAGGAGUCACCAGAGCCCUUGCCCAUCCCAAAAGUGUUACUGGGCUAUGACAGGGACAGGGACUUCUUGGCAUUGUCUCCUUUGGCGUUACCUUUCUGGGAGAAGUUGCUGCUGGAGCCGUAUGGGGGGCAACGGGAUGUGGCUUAUGUGGUGCUGUGUCCCAAUAGCCCCUCUCUGCUGGGUGCAGCCCGCGCCUUCUUCCAGGACCUCAGCGCUGUUUAUGAGACGUGCCGUCUAGGGAAGCACCGUCCUCUGGCCAAGGUGUCCAGGGACGGCCUGGUGCGCGUGGGAGAAGAAGUGGAACCAGAAAAGCUGGAGGAGCUGGAUGUGGACCAGUGGGUGUCUGGACCCUGGGCUGGACAGCAGCACGCCGACAACCUCAGCAAACUUAAACUCUACGCUUAUGCCUGCAAGCAGCAGCUUGGUCCCCAGCUGUCAGCCCUUCCGUUGGACAGCAGUCUUCUGUUGCCUCCCAAAGUUCAGCCUCCUUUAAACCCCACAUCCUCAACACAGCCUGCCUCUUCGGGGCGGCCUCAAGCUUGGGGCCCUGAUGGUGAACAAGCUCCAGGGGCCGUCAGUUCAGGAAAUGCUUCGACCCCGACUGCAGCAACCUCAAACCAGACAGGGGAGACGACCCAAGGUGCACCCUGCGACGCCAAAGGGCCCUCCAGUGCCACACCCCCAGCCAGCACACCAGCAGAAAACCCUGAACUCACUGCUGAGCAGUCUAGGAUCGGCAUCCCCACUGUGGCCGAAUCAAUGGACAGCCUCGCCAACCCACCAGCUAUUGUUAUUUACAUAGUGGACGCUUUUCUUAGCUCAAGCGGAGCGAGAAAUGAAGGGGGCGAGGAAGAAGAGGGUGACGAAGUGGAGGCCAGUAGCAUUUGGCUACUAGGGCUACUUCGCUGCUACACAGAGAUGCUACAGACUCUGCCUGAGACCAUGAGACCUGCACUGGUACUACAGGUGGUGCCGUGCCAGUACCUCCUCCAGCCGGCCAGUGGGGAGAGCCAUUUCUACCUGCAACAUCUGCGCUCCCUGUCCUUCUCCUGCUACUCCCAAUGCAGACGUCUGAUGCCCCGACAUACACACAUCAAGUCCCUGACUGGCUUUGGUCCUGUGUCAACUGUUAACUCUGUCCUUAAGAGUCCAGAGCAUCCCAGCCCAAUGCAGCUGUACACUCCGCCUUUCAUCCUUGGUCCGACCCGUUCCAAGCAGCCAGAACCAGGGGAGGUAUGGGCAGAGCUCCCUCCCAAAUACAAUGUGCUCUUUGUUGGAUACUGCCUAUCACAUGACCAGCGCUGGAUCCUUGUGUCCUGCACUGACCAGCAGGGGGAGCUCCUGGAGACCAGUAUUAUCAACAUUGAUGUACCCAACAGAGCGCGACGUCCCAAGGUUUCAGCCAGAAAGAUGGGACUGCAGAAGCUUUGGGAAUGGUGCAUUGGCAUCAUCCAGAUGACCUCACUGCCAUGGAGGGUUGUGAUCGGUCGAUUAGGCAGGCUGGGGCAUGGAGAGCUGAAGGACUGGAGCUCACUCCUCGGGGAGCAUUCCCUCCAUUCAAUAGGGCGUCAGCUGAAGGAGGCUUGUCGAAUGUGUGGCAUCUCAGCUGCUGACUCCCCCAGUAUCCUCAGUGCCUGCCUGGUCGCCAUGGAGCCACAGGGUUCCUUUGUGAUCAUGCCCGAUGCAGUCACCAUGGGCUCAGUGUUCGGACGCAGCACUGCUCUAAACUUGCAGACCUCGCAGCUGAACACACCUCAGGAUGCUUCCUGUACGCACAUCCUCGUCUUCCCAACUUCUGCCACCACCCAGCUGGCCCCCAGCUCCUACCCUACUGAGGACAAUAAUGACGACAUGUUCGAUUUGCCCUUUCCUGACGAACUGGAGAACGACAUUGGCCAUGACAUGAUGCUCAUCACAGGGAACCUCCACCCGUCCCCCAACACCUCUCCUGUGGCCUCACCUGGCUCUCCGUCCGGGAUGGGAAUGGGUUCACAUUUCCAGCACACCAAGAACCAGGGAGAGCGCUUGCUGUCCAGGGACAGUCCACCAGAAGAGCUGAAGCAGCAGCCACUUGCUCUGGGCUACUACGUCUCCACUGCACAAGCAAAUGGACUUCCUCAUUGGUUCUGGGCCUCCUGUCCGCAGGCUGAGAGCCAGUGUCCACUCUUCCUCAAGGCCUCCCUCCACCACCACAUCUCCAUAGCUCAAACAGAUGAGUUGGUGUGCGACAAGACGAAGAGGCCCCCUCACCCCUUGGACUCAAAGACCACCUCGGAUGUGCUCAGGUUCGUUUUGGAGCAGUACAACGCCCUCUCCUGGCUGACGUGUACCCCUGCCACCCAGGACCGGCAGUCCUGCCUGCCUGUCCACCUGGCUGUACUGAUCCAAAUGUACAACGCCAUCCUGAACAUGCUUUAACCGUGUGAGACUUCAAGGACGGCUCUAGGGGGCUGAUGGUUACCUUCAUUUCCUCUGUGCCUAUGCUUCCUCCUUCUGGUCACCAGAGAGCACCAGAGCUCUUCUGUUGCUUUGGGUCGGCAUGGAAUAAAUGGCUGAAUAAAAGACAGGGCAAGUCAGACUCUCCCAUGCCUGGAAUGUAAUUAAUAAGAAGAGAGAAAUGCUCUGAACAAUGACGUAUCUUGUGGUCCACGACACCCUGCAAACCCAGUACAGUUUGUACCUUCACGACUGGUCCUGUGUCAGUUAUGGUACUUUCUGAGGAGGAGAACAGAUGGAUCUAUCCAACUAUGCCCAUUAUUGACAUAUCACAAUUACAGUUACUUUUUCCAGAUCAAAAUCGCAUUAUGUCCCACUCGGGCAUUUGAUGACACAUUGGAUAUUUACAGAGAAGCUAUUUACGAGUCUCUUACCACCUUCACCUGUGAAAAAGGACGUCUGUGCAGGGCCACAUAACUCCAUACUGUACAACCAGCAAAGUGGCAUGACUACACAAACACAUGGCUUUGUUACAUCAAUGAUGCUUUUACAUUUUUGUAUAAAACUGCACUGUUGAGCUUCUUGGGACUUGCAGUCGGUCGAUAAACCUUCUACUUUUACUCUGAAAGGGGCACUUUUUCCUCACCUUCCAAAGUGUUGUAGAUAUGAACACAAUGGAAAAAUAUUUGACCAGUUAAAGACAGAAGUGUUGUUUAUAAUGUAAGACAUACAUUUGCAAAGAAUUUAAACUUAUUUUUAAUAUUUAAAACAAGAAAAGGAGAAACUUAAACAAGGCCUUUUUCCCAAUUGACUGUUAAUUGUCUUGGGAUCUGAAAAAAAAAUAAAGUAAUUUUAAUGCAAUUGUAAAGAUGCCAUAUUUAUACAAAUUAUAUCAUGUCAUAGAAUUUGAUAUAAAUAUAUAAAUAUAUAUAUAUGAAUAUACAUAUAUAUAUAUAUAUUACCUCUUCCAAGCAGGCACUUAAUGAUAAAGAUGAUGGACACAACCAUCUCUUUAGAAGUGGACACAGUCUGAACAUUUAUCUUUUUUUUACUUUCUACAGAUACUGAACCUUUUACCUUUUUAUUUAAUGAGUUUAAAUUAAACUAAUUGAUGCAGGAGAUACAGUAUACUCUAUAUUUAUAAAGUGUUCCUCCUCUGCUAAAAAAAACUUGAAAUAGGCAGUAGAAGACCAUGAUAUUUGAACAUUGCAAGGUUAUUAAAUAUUUAAGAACGAUGCUUUAUUUCAUUGGCUCUCCCAAAUGAUGUCAAGCAAACCAAUAGAAAGGCCUGUCUCUUCAGCUUCACCCAGUCUGCUCUUUGUUAGAUUUCUAGCAUGUUUGUAUAUACACUUUUCAGCUGUGUUUUUUGGAAUUUUCUUAAAGCUGUACAUUUCAUGCUGGUUGGUUUACUUUCAAGUGAUUCAUAUCAAAGUAUUUUCUUUUUUUGCUGAGCUUUUUUGAUAUACAGUAUACAGUACAAAAGUCAUUUAAUUACAGCCAAGAGGUUGAAUUGCCAAGUAAGUGUACACAAAUGUACAGAUGAGGGCAAGUUAGCAAAAAAAUGUUACAUCUGUCAUCACUUUGAAUAUCAAACAGAUCCAGAUCUGUUACUUUUACACUCUUUUUUAGUAAAUUAUUAAAACUCCUGAAAAUUA